AUGAGAAAUUCAUACAGCAGAUUGGAUAUCCGAUCUGCCCAAUCUUCAUCAUUUUCCAGCUACCUCCCAAAUAAUGAUUCACAGUCAAAUUCUCGCAUAUCAUUGAGGAGAACCAAUAGUUCAUACUCUCUCACUCUAAAACCAGUUCAUAUUAACGAUAAUUAUGUCAGUUGCACUACCAUUAAUGUCCAUGGUGACAUCGAGUGCAUGUCCAAGAAGUAUCCCAAGAUGGACUUCCUACGAAAAUUAGAUCUAUAUCCAAGAGAUUUGCGAAAAAUAGAUAAUUCCUCAAUUGAUAUCGUUCCAACUGUCGCGGUCAGAAAAAAUUGUAUCCUUGUGAAUUUGUUGCAUAUCAAGUCAAUCAUCAUGAAGGAUAAAAUAAUGAUUUUUGAUACCUCAGAUUCGUCGUCAGUUAGCAAAUUAUCUCUAUUUAUUUAUGAUUUGCAAGAUAAAUUGAAAACCAAUAUCACCCAGAACACGUCUUUUGAAUUCAAGGCAUUGGAAACCAUAUUAAUCAACGUUAUGAGUGUGCUUGAAAAUGACUUAAAUUACCAUAUUUCCAAAUGUACCACAGUACUAACAGAAUUGGAAAACCAAAUUGAUAGAACAAAACUUCGGGAUCUAUUGAUUUAUUCCAAGGCUUUAACCAACUAUUCUCAGAAAUCUUUGUUGAUUAGAAAUGUUCUUGACGAGUUAUUAGAAACCGAUGAAGAUUUAAAGGGGAUGUACUUAACCCAAAUUUUUAAUGUACAAAGCAGCGCCAGUGAUCAAGUAAAAUCCUUGGAGGAGAUUACAAAAAAAUCACAAGUUUCACCGUCACAAAUUUCCUUGGUACACAAUAACACCAAAGAUUCUUCUUCUAUGGACUCUGUCAUGGAUCUGGACGGUGGCAACGAUUUCAAUUUCAGCGAAGUAGAAAUCUUAUUAGAAAAUUAUUAUACCCAGUGUGAUGAAUUCGUUCAACAAGCAAACUCCUUGAUAUCCGAUAUUAAAUCUACUGAGGAAAUCGUCAAUAUCAUUCUUGAUUCUAACAGAAAUUCUCUUAUGUUGUAUGACUUGAAAAUCACCAUAUAUACUCUUGGAUUCACCGUUGCCACUACAGUUCCGGCAUUUUAUGGUAUGAACUUGAAAAACUUUAUCGAGGACUCACCUUAUGGGUUUGGUAUGGUUGUGGGAAUCUCUAUUUUUUCGGCACUAGGGAUAACCAUGGUCAACUUCAAUAAGUUGAGAUCAGUUCAAAGAUUAACCAUGAUGAUGGGUAAUGACGGGAACUUAGACCGAUUCAUCAAAGAAAACAUGAGUAUUGGAACUUCUUCAGAAUCUUCAGAAUUAUCAUAUUCCAGUAAAGCGCCAACAAAUUCUUCGCACCCGUACAUUACGAAUCCAUCAAAUGGACCGGCAGUGAAUAAAAUCAUUCCAAAACCUUCAUCACUGGCGUAUACUAAUAUUAUUCCUGGGAUAUUGCAGUAUCAAAAUAAUUUUAUGAAUCGCACGGCCAAGAGUUCAAAUAUUUCGUCAACAUCAUCCACAUAUCAUACCAACACUAUUCCCUCUAAUUCAGGAUCAAGCGAAAAGAGCACCCAAAUUUCAUUAACCAAAGGUUCUUUAAGAAGUAGAUUUUCAAAUUGGUUUUAUUGUUAUAGAUUUUGGUCCUGGAAAAUGCAGUUAGAACAACUCAAGAGAUUUGAAUGGGCGUUAAUGAAGCAUAGAUUCUUUCGAAAAAGAUUGGGGAAGCAACAUCCAAUGGUUGAUGCGAAACAAAAAGCCAUGGCUUGGAGAUGGUUAAUUGAAGAACAACAAAAAAAAUAG